AUGUCAGUAGCUUCACUCCGCACUCUCGAAGAGUUCCACUCAGCUAUCGGUCGAGGUUCUGAAGAGGAAACCUUCGCCAUUGUCGAUUUUUCGGCAACCUGGUGUGGCCCAUGUAAAGUCAUUUCGCCAAUCUUCGAAAAUCUUGCAGCCGAAGAUAAGACGUGCAAGGUGAAAUACUACAAAGUCGAUGUCGAUGAAUCUCGUGAAAUCGCCUCGGAGGCUGGUAUCUCUGCCAUGCCAACAUUCAUCGUUUACCAGAAAGGCUCUCCAGUUGAUUCGCUGAAGGGCGCUUCGCACGAGGGUCUAAAUGUUGGUUGA